AUGAGCUUGUACUCAUGCGGGUUUGAAGGCUGCUCCAAAAAAUUUAAAAAACCAUCUCUUCUAGAGCUCCACGAGAACACCCACACAAACACCCGACCCUUUGCAUGCAAAGAAUGUGAUCACCGAUAUUUUAAAAAUAGCCAUUUAAAAGUUCAUGCGCUAAGAGCGCAUGGAUGCACUGAAAAGCGAAUAUGUAAAGAAUGUAAUAAAACACUUGCAUCGGAAGAAGGCCUUUCUCGGCACAAAGAUGUAUGCGGCCGGGUAUUUACAUGUAAUGCAUGCUCUGCAACGUUUGUUCGGGCAAAAUGGUUUUUGAACCACUCAAGAGCGUGCAUAGGAACUGUUUCUCUGGAUAAUAAAAAAAUAGCUCUAGACACGAAAAUAGCUCAAAAUACAAAACCAUCACUAAAUACACCGAACGCAGAGGAAAUGCCUCAAAAAUCCAAGAAUCCUGAUCAAACAAAGAAACAAGACCUUGUUCGCUGUAAAAUAUGUGGUAAAGGGUUCAAGCUAGAAAAAAACUGCAAGUUUCAUGAAUCACACGCACAUAAUAACCUGCAGUACCCAUGCGCACACUGCUCUAAAGUAUAUAAUUAUAAAGGAUCACUUACCAGGCACAUUCAGAAGAUUCAUUCUAAUAUUAAUAAAUCUUAA